AUGUUUGAUGAUGAUAAAGAUAGAAAAUUAAAAUAAGCAAAUGAUAAUGUGAAAUAUUUAGAGUCUUAAUUAACUGUAAUUUUAUACUAAAUAAUAAGCCAUUAGUUGAAAGCAACUCAAAAUUAAAAGAAAGUAUUCAUGCAUUACAAUAUUAUAUGGAACAAAGAAGAUUAGACUUUGCUCAUUUGUUAAAUUAUUAAAAGGAGCAUCCUCUAAAAAUUAAUUUAAGUGAUAUGGUUGAUGUAUAUGAAUGGUUAAAGAAGGAUAUUCAAAAUUAUUUAGAUUAAAUUCAAGAAUUAGAAACUGAAAAUAAAAUGUUUAAAUAAUUUAUCUAAUAAUAAGAUGAAGAAAAUAAAAUUAAAGUUGAAAAGCUUAAUGCAAUCAUUCUAUAACAUGAACAAACUAUAAAAAAUUAAUAAGAAUAAUUCAUUUAAGAAUAAAUAAAAAAUUAAGAUUAUUAAUUGUAACUUAAAUUAGAAUAAGAGAAAAAAUUACAAACUCAAGAAAAUAAAUAUCAAGAUAUGAUUUAAAAUAUUGAAUUAGAAAAGAAUGAAAUUUUAAGAAAAUAUCAGCAAUUAGAUGAUGAAUAUCAAUAAAAAUUAAAAAAAUAAAAGUAAGAAUUGAUAAAUUAAUUUGAUAAAUAAGAAAGACAAAAUUAAACUGAAUUUACAAAAUAAAUAAAAGAGUUAAAUGAUUAAAUCUUAAAAGCAGAAAUAAAAAAUAGACAACUUUUAACUGAGUUAUAGAAUAUUAAAUAAGACAAUGGCCUAUUAGCUUAAUAAUGUUCACAAUAAUAAAAAAAUUUAAAUAAAUUGAAUCGAUAAGUUGAGAAUUUAUUAUCAACUUUAAAAACAUCAAGAGAUGAGAAUUCUGGAUUAAAUUUUGAUAAAACAAAUCUACAAAAUUAAAUUGAAUAAUUAAAACUAUAGAUUGAUAAAUAAAAUAAAAAAGAUAUCGAGAUUCAAUAAUAUAUUAAAAAUUAAAGAGAUUAAUAUAUAGAGUUAUAAAAUAAACAUGAAAAUCAAAUUUCUGAAUCAGAAAUUUAAAUUAAUGAUCUCACAUCUCAAAUAGAAAAAAAGGAUCUAUGUAUAAAAGAAUUAUCUGAGAUGAAUAUAAAAAUUAACUAAUUAUAUGAGGAAAAAUUAAAUAAAUAAAGAAUUAAGUAUGAAUAAAUACUUUAUCCAAAUCGAUUCAUUAAUACAGAUUAAUUAUUAUAUAAAGAAACUAUGAUUUAACAUGACGAUACAUUAAUAAAAGAAGUUAUUGAGGAUUAUGAAAUGAUGCUUUCGUAAUAUGCAAUUUAAUUAGAAAAUCAAACAACUAAAUUGAAAGUUUUAGAAAAUUCAAUUAAAGACAAAUAAGCUGCUCUAAAAUUAUAAUUUGAUUAGAAGGCAUCUAAAUUAGCAAAAGAUUAUGAAUAAAAAUUUGUUAAAGAGAGUAAAUAACAAAAAUAAAUAAUUGAAGAAUUAAAUUAUAUAAAGCAAAGGGAAUUAGAAGCAUUAAAAAAUAAAUAAAAUGCAGAAAUAGAAAAAUUAAAUGUAGAAAAUUAAAACAAAAAUUAACAUUAUAUUAAUGAAAUUUAAAAUUUAUAGAACGACAAUAAUGAAAAUGCUAAAAUUAUUGAUUAGCUUAACUAAUUAAUAAUAUAAUUAUAAGAUACAACUUAUUAACUAAAAUAAUCCCAUGAAUAAUAAUUAGAGAUGCUUCGAAAUAAUCAUGCAAUAGGAAAAUAAUAAUUAACAGUGGCUUUUGAAGAAAGAUUUGAUAAAGUUAAUUAGGAAUUAAAAACUCUUUAAUUAGAAAAAGAAAGCUUUGAUAUUGUUCGAAUUUAAGAUUAAAAGAAUUUGAAUGAAGGAAAAAAGAAAAUUGAAUAACAAUAAACGAUUAUUAUUUAAAUAAAAGAAGAAUCUAAACAAUAAUAAUAGAUUAUUAAUGAGUAAUAAUGUAUGAUGGAAUAGUAUUAGCUAUAGAUUUAACGAUUAAAUGAAGGAAUCAAAUAAUUAUAAAAUGAAAAUGAAAAUUCAAAAUAAGUUUACAAUAUCUUUAAAAAUUAAACAAUGGUAAUGCAUAGAUAAUCUGAUGAUUUUCAUUAUAAAUCUGACUUAAAGAAAGUUUCUAAUACAUAAUUUAAAUUCUAAAGAACAAAAUAAGUUACUAGAUAAUCAAAUAGACCAGGAUUGCAUAAUACAUCAUCAAAUUUUAUAAUAUCAAAUGGAGAGUAAUAGCAAUUACCAAAAGUUAGAUCGAUAUCAACAAACUAAAUCAGAACAACUCCUAGACAUCAUUCAUCUUAAGUAUGA